AAAUGGCAGAUUCAUUGAAAGAAUCGUUAUGCUGGCCAUGCUUGGCUCCAUCGGAAUGACCAUGAUCAUUCUGGCUUGUGCGCUUCCGGCUUACAAAGUCUGGUGGCCAUUCUUCGUGGUGCUGUUCUAUUUGAUAACACCGAUUCCGGCACUGAUUGGAAAGCGGAACUCGGUUGACGGAGAUCGGAUGGCUGCCGUUACUAAUUCCAUCUUUGCCACCAUCGGAAUCGUUAUCAGUAGCUUCGCUUUGCCGAUUGUGCUGGCCCGGUCCGAUGUGAUCCACUGGGGCGCUUGUUACCUGACGCUGGCCGGCAAUUGCGUUGCGUAUCUUACCAUUUUGGGCUACUUCUUCGGGUACGAAUCCGACGACUCCUGGUAGAACAUGAUCUAAAUGGAGGGUAAAGCGAUAAAGGAUUGCAUCACGUUGUGGCCACACCACCGAGCAAGUUCGUGAAAUGUUUUCCCUCCGUGUGUGUUGUACCGAUCGAAAAACAUUGUGGUUUAAGCAAAGUUCAAGAAUCCAACAGUUUCAUUUUUUGUUUGCUCCAUGCAAUCUCAACCUCUCCGCGAUGGUUGAGCUAAACAUUAUAUAGAAUCAACAUUUCAGCUUUAGGGUGUAUUUAUUUCUUUGGAGAUUUUUUUUUGUUAACUCUGAAUAUGUUUAUCAUUGACGAGCCGAAUAAGUAGGAUUCUAGUAGUUCGUAGAAGCUUGCAGGCUCGCAAUAUCGAAACUUAAAUGAAAUAAAAUAAAACAGUACUGAAAAUACUAUGCGAAAUAAUAUUGUAAUACUUUAAUCUAAUCUAUUCAAUUAAAGGUGAUCAAUAAAUAUAUCAUUGAUUAACAAAG